AUGACUGUUCGUCGCAAGGGUCUAAUUCUAGUGCGAGAAAAGGGCAUAAUUCUAGUGCGCUCAUUUGGACUCAAAGAGUCUGUGCAUGUUGGGGCAAAGAGCUCAGAGAUCGAGAAACUUGGCUUUCGGGCCCCAGCUUUCCAAAAGCCGGGGCGCACCGGAGCCACACGCCCGUUGCUGGCUGCGGAAAGAAGCAAACAAGGCUUGGCCAAAGCGCAGUUCGAUGGCCGCGCCUGGAGCGAAGAGCACCCGGACGACUGCAACCACUACCUCAACUUCAAUGGGGGGGACCGGGUGGCUCGCGUUCUGCACGCCCAGGACUCCGUAGAGGGAGAUGAGGCGCGGUGGAUCUUUGGUCUCCGGGAAGGCUGCGAUGUGCCCGGCUGGUUUCCCGAGAUCUACGUGGACUUUGAGCGCUAG